AGACGGUGUUGCGGAGUGUGGGUUAGGGUUAGGGCAAGGACUGGGACCUGCAGAUUUCGGCAAACAGGGCUAGCCCUAAUCCUAACCCUGGGAGCAUAAUCUAGGCGGUACUGGAUAACAGUAUCAAAAUAUUUCGCACGAUUUUGAAGAUCCAGUAUUGUGCGUCAAAUUGGACUGGUAUUCCUUUUAAGAAAUCAACGUUCACAAUAGUGUAUGUGCAAGGGAUUUAAACAUCUCCCAGAUGAAGACCAGCAACUCUAAUGUUUUAGAAAGUUAUAAAGACACUCUGCGUAGUUAAAUGAAAAACUAGUAUGUACUUAGAUUCCGGAAAUCGAAGCUCCAUGAUCGAAAGAAAAGAACAAAAUGACAUUUUUGAAUUGUGUAGUGAUUUGUGGUCUUGUGAUGGCGGUAUCAAAAGGCCUUGACGUUGAUCACCACGGAAAUUUUUUUAUGUUGGCUUUCAUGGAAACCUACAGUGAGCAUAGCAAGAACCAAAUUAUAAUAACAACCCAACAUGAUGUUGAUAUUGAAAUAAAAAUACCCUUUCUUAACCAGACAUUACAGUAUCAUCUGCCGGCAGUUUCAUCACAACAUGUUAACCUAGACUACACAACCAGUGUGACGUCGGAAAAUAUUGCAGAAACGAAAGCAAUAUCUGUGCUGUCGUCAUCCCCUGUGUCUGUUUACGGAUUGUCUCUAGAAGCUAACUCUUCAGAUGGAUAUCUCGCUAUUCCCGUUAAAGCCUUAUUCACUAACUAUAUAGUUUACUCUUAUCAUGAAGACGGUGUUAUAGGACAGAUAGGAUUAAUAGGUAUAGAAAAUCAAACCACAGUGAAAGUUAAAUUUACAGCGGGAUCCAAAUGUUAUUUGAGCAAUAGCGCCUUGUACAAUAACCUUGAGAUCGUUUUCAAUUAUUUAAAGACACACCGCUUUAACGAAUACCAAGUAUUACGGAUAACUUGUGAAACGGACAUAACAGGCAUAGUAGUUACUUCUGAUAAACCCAUUGCUGUUUUAACUGGUCAUGUAUGCGGAUCUGUACAUGAAAUCACUUGUGAUCACUUAGUGGAAAUGGCUGAACCUUCAAAUGUUCAUGGGAAAAGUUACGUUUUAAUGCCUUCAAUGAAUGUCGGUUCAGGUUCCAAUAGUACCUUUCGAAUAGUCCACGGCGGCUCGCUUGCAACUAUUAAUUUGAUGUUCUCUUCAGGGUACACCGAUACACUAUAUCCGGGAACAUUUGUGGAUAUUCCCUUUUCAGAACCAGUUUGUCUACAAAGUUCAAGCAAUAUUUUGGUUAUUGAGGUAAUGCAUUCAGCUUCGACUGGCUCCCCCGUUGGGGACCCGUUUAUAUCGACCGUACCUCCCACAGAUAUGUUCACAUCGUCUUAUACUUUAGACUCUAGUGUGGUGUCAAACGGGAAGCAGUUCCAAUCUUAUAUAUCCAUCAUAGCUUCAGCACACACCAUGCAAAGAUUAGACUUCGUUAACAACUUUAACAACAUCUCAGAUUGUGAAUUUGCGACAGCGACGCUUCCAGUACACGGCCAAUUGAUAAAUCUGGAAUCCUCAAGUGAUAUGUCAUUUGGAAUGAUGACGUACGGUGUCCUUGUUGCGGAGUCUUAUGGAUUUCCAGUCGGCAUGAAGUUUAAAGAUUACACAGGUAUAGAUGAAUGUGAAUCUAAUACUACUUGCCCUAAUGGUGAUGUCUGUGUACAGAUUGGAUCAUCAUAUAGAUGCUAUUCUUUAACCAAAACACCAACUGAUACAACAACCCAAACACCAACUGAUACAACAACCCAAGCAUCAACUGAUACAACAACCCAAACACCAACAGAAACAACAACCCAAGCAGCAACUGAUACAACAACCCAAACACCAACUGAUACAACAACCCAAGAACCAGUUGAUGCUACAACCCAGGAAACAGGUAUACCAACUCAACAAGUGGAUACUUCCAUUAGUACUACAUUAAUUCCUGGUGUCAAUCCUUCUAUUCCUGGACUUACUUCAUUACCUGGAGUCGAACUAACAUUAAAUACAACCGUCCCAUCAGAAAUAAGCGUUCCGGAAGUAAACUCGACGCUGCCUUACGUCAAUAUAUCUGUACCAAUGAUAUCGCUUCCUGCUGAAUUACCCCCGACAUUGCCAACGCCAUCAUGUAUCUGUGCGUGCCCGUGUUUACCCAGAAACAGAAGCAUGGACGACAUCAUUGAAGAAGUUAAGGAACUACAAGAUGAACUUACAGUUGAACAUGAGAUACUUUCAGCAAACGUUCGCAAGAAAAUAAGUGUUGUGGAUGAACGACCGUCGGCAUCCAGUAUUGGAUAUAUUGGUGUAGUUGUGCUUAGUCUUGUGUUCGGUUCCAUUAUAGCACUUGAUUUAUUUACCUGUGCAAUGCCUAAACGAGCGAAGAAAUCAAAGACUUAAGGACAUAACGGAAAACAUUUGGAUAUCUGUGAAAUAAAUAGUAUAGAAAGGAAUUGUGGCACUAGCCCGAGAAUCAAAUUUGCCAGUCACCUUAAUGAAAGUCGGUGAACAUUUUGUGUAUUUGUAUUUUAAAACAAUACCAUAAAUAUCUAAUCCAUCACCCAUUUGUGAGUUUUCAGAUAUAUGCCGUGCAAACGAAUGAAAAGUAGUAUUUGGGGUGCGUGAUUACUGAUUACUGAUACUACAUAUUUAGACAGUUUUAAACGUUCAAACUUGUACUGACUUGUUCGUGGACUUGUAUUCUGUUCAGAUGUUAAAAGCCGUUGAUAAUGAUUGCUGGGAGUAUGAAUCCCGAAGAGGAAUAUCAAUCAAACACACCAGCGCCAGGUGUUCAAGAUAGUGUAUCUAUAAAGAGGCAAUCACUUAUGUAAGGAACCUCGUAACUGGAAUCUAGAAAAUGGUGCAGUUAUAUUCCACUAAAAUGGCGAGAACUUAAUACGAACAUAAAAUGAAAAAGUGCACAGUUAAACUUUUGUUCGGAGUGUGCCAUAAUUGUUAAAGGAGAUAAAUCGUUAAUAAAUGGGACCUAGAAAUUGACACAAAUGGGUCGCAAC